UGAGCAGCCGGAAGUCUAAAAAAAACGUCAACUCGCUGGCUCCGUAUUUCCGUCGAAAAUAAGGUGGAUAGGGCGAAGUGUUUAACUGUCCUUCGCAAUAAAAUGUCUGACUCCACAGCCAACAAAGGCUUUCAGGAAUCCCCUAAGUUUUCUUUGACUAAGGCAGUGAAGGAUGUCAGUCAGCAUAGCUACAUCCAGACUGAGACCCUAAAAGACAAACAGAGGAUACUAAUAUCCUUGCAGGAAACCCUGGCAGAUAUUGAGAAGAAAUUUCAGCAUGCAGAGCAGGAGCUAAGGUCUAAAUCAAGAGAAAUCCAGCUACUGGAAGGUGAGAUUGAGCAUCUAGAGAGGCAAAGAAAGAUCCUGCUGGAAUCCUGUACUUCUAUCAGCAAGGAAAACAUAGAGCUACAGAUGCUCAUACAAGAAGAGGAGGAUAACGCCCAAUUGACACUUGGAAAAUUUGACGUGUACAGGAAAAAGAUGAAAGGUCACAGAGACACGGUCUUGCAGGCUAUGAGCCAGACUGAGACCCACAGAGAACUGGAGGAGAAGAGAAUGCUGGUCUGCAAGCUGAGGCAGGAAAAAGAGCAGCUAAGGAAGGAUUUGCAAAAUCCAAAUGAUAACACACCACAGAUGGCUAAGGGGGAGACUGAUGCCUUAAAGAGGGAGCUAUUGGAUAAAAAGGUGGCAAUUGCUGAAAGGAGAGAACAUUUGAAAAACGAGUUUGAGACUCAUGCUAAGUUAAAGAAAGACAUAGAGAUCCAAAACAGGCGCCAUGAAGCCAUCGUCAAGCGCCUCCGCAGCCAACUCAGUAGAGCUCAGGCUGUCCACAGGCAAGCAUUGGAUGAAAUUUUCCAGCUUCAGAGGCAGCUAGUUGAGCUGAAAGGGCAGAGGCAUUUGUCACAGGAUUAGUGAUAAUUAUAGUUUAAUAUUAUGCUUGUCUAAUCUGGGUUCAUUGUUCUGAUAGAUACUACAUUUGGGCAUUUAAGAUACUUGUUACAACUGUUUACUUCUGGGAAGUUUUUUUUUUUUUUUUUUUUUUUUGUUAAGCCUGGGUGAGUACCCUCCAGCAAAUAAAUAGCUAGUCUUUUUAUGUUUUUGACAAUAUUCUGUGUUUAUGUACAGCAUAAAUGGCUUCAAUUAAGGUUUUGCUGAAUCUAAACGAAAACUUUAAAUAUUGCAUCUAUUUUGGACAGUGUUAUUCCACUACAAAUAUAUUAAAUAAACAUUUAAAUAAGCAAUUUCUUUGUGGAUUAGUGUCAACAUGAGCAGGGUUGGAUUUCAUCUCAAGGGAUGACAGACAAUCAGUUCAUCCAGAACAGAGUUUGAUGCAAAACAAAAGCCAUGUGUCCACUGAGGAGGAAAUGAGGAUGUUUGUUUUGGAACGUGCUGUUUCCAGCUUCUGCUUCACUGGGUGGCUUGAUGGCUAUGAUGUGGCAUUUCCACAGGCCCUCUAACAUGGGUGUGGUCACUUUUUCAGCACAGUGAUUCAACAAUAAAUUGGCAAUUUCAAGAACUGAGUUGAAUUCCAGCCAGCUGAAGAAGCAAAGUAUGUCUGAAAUUAAAUUUUAAACAGCGUUAGGGAUAGAUUUAGAUUUUUCCAUUUGCUUUUGUGAAUAUGGUACUAUAUUGCACAUUUUACUGAUGUAAGCUAUUGCCACCAUAAAAUAUUUGCUCUAAGUUGAAUUGAGCAAUUUUAUCCAUUUUAGUUUUCAACCAGUUAUGAACUUCUUGCCAGAAUUAUAUACACAGCAAUAGAAGUGUUCUAACGUUUCGUCUUCCAUUGAACAAAAAACAUAUGGGUUCACGACCGUCCACCUCAAAAUUAAAUCUUUUCUUAAGCAUUGCUGCAGCCAGGUAAUACCCAUUUAGUAUUUUGAAUUGCACUUCUUUGAUUUUGGUAGUUAUUGGUCAUUUCAAAUACUUUACAUAUUUGUUUGUUGCUCUGUCUCCACUAUGUUUUAUUUUUGCAAUACGAUUAAAAUCAUGAAAUAACUCGGCCAUAUUUUAUUACUAACUUUAUUGUUAGGUCUUUUGUCAUUUAAGGGGAUUUGAUUCAACUGUAUCCUAGCAAGUUAAGUUGUACUACUGAAUACUGCAAACAAGUUUGUAUAAUUUUCAACAGACCUAAGGGUAUUGCUUUACAGACCUUGUUAUGUUCCCUUAAUGAACUCAGAAUAUUGAAUUUUAUUGUAAAAUCUGAAAACCUGAGAAAAUAUCCAUUAUCAUCCAAAAUAUGUGAUAAAAAGGACCCCCUUAUCAAACCAACUUUGGACAAAUUGCAUUUCUUUUAUUCACAGUAAUAGCUCUGUUGUUCCACAAGGUGGAGCCAUGAGGUGUAAAAUUAUGGCUAAACGGCACCUUCCAUUAACGAAGAACUUGCUAAUGAAAGUCAGACAGUUUAGCAAUUUUGAAAUCUCAAAAUCACAUUUUAAAAGAAAAUCCAAACCUUCCACUUUAUUAAAAAUGUUUUUGGGGAUGUGAAACCAUAAAAAGUCCGGUUUAGACAGAUGCUUUUAUCCAGUUAACUCCAAAAACUCCAACAGUAGAAUCAAAAUCUGUUAUUUUAAGACCUCCUGUAUUAUAUUCCUUAAAAAGGGAUUUUUUUUAAUAUAGUGUGAUUUAAAUAGUGUGUUUUAUUUCGCCAGAUUUCUGAUGUUUUGUUGCCUUAUAUACAAAGUAAACUAUUUCAGACAGACCUUCAGAUUUCGACAGAAUAUUCCAUCCCAAAAUAUAAAAUUUUCUUAGUAACCAAUAUUUUUAAGUGUUUAUUUCUUCCAGUCUUACAGCUAUACUUUAGAUUAUAUUAUUUCCAUAUUUUUAGAUAGGUGGUUUCCUAAGUACUUGAUUUCACUCUUGACAGGAAUCGACUCCAAGUCUGUAUCACUACAGUCAUACAAGUUCACAUUUUUUAUGAUUAAAAUACAGUCCCGACGCCUUAAUGCUUUUAGAAGAAUUUAUUUUAUUAAAAUACUGUAUCAUCAGCAAACUGGCUUAACCUAAACUCUGAAUUACAUAUUGAAAUCCCUUCUAUGUCCUUGCCAUAAGAUGAGCCAGUAGCUGCUUAGAGAGAAUCAAUUUUAGGGAGAUUAAGCAUUCUUGUCUUAUGCCACAGGAUACAUUGAAUGUUGGUGCACGCUUUUUUGUCUUGUCUUAGUAUUUAACUCUGGUUUUUGCGAUGAUACCCGGAGCUCUUUCUCCAGGUAUCAUCAGGAAGCAGCACGUGAAGCUGGGAAAACAUGACUCUGACUCACAGCUCAUCAGCACUGGUUCCCCCCAGGGCUGU